CGUGUUCAGUGCGCGUCACUGUAAACACAAAUUCGACAUCAGGUGACAUGGCGACUUCAGCGAACUUUAAGGUGGUUUUUGAAAAGGAAGGUGUGUUUAUGCACACGGACUCGGAGAUAAUCGAUGGACAGGACUCCCUUACAUCUGGGCGUUUGCAAGUCAUUGAUAAAAGUGGGGAAGUGGUGGUGGAGUUAAAUCCAGAGGAAGCCCGUACCCCCUCCAGCAGGAAGCUUGAGCCUCAGCUGAGCUGUGAGGCAGAGUGGGAUCUGCUCAAUGCUGUCUACUACCGGAGGGGCCCAGAGCCCUGCAGCACUGAAACAGGUGUGCCCAAGCAGGCUUUUAGUUUUAGUCUGAGUGUCCUGGACUAUAUCAGAGUGAAGGAAGAGGGCUGGUCCUACCUUGAACUCACCCUGAAGGACUACAACAAAACAGCCCUGAAGAACCACAGUUCCCAGACUCAUACUCUCCACUUUCACCAAGGAGGAUGCCAGGCCUUCCUGGAUACCCUGAGGAGAUAUGUAGCACUCAUUCCGUCUCCCAGUGAUGCGUCUCGUCUCCAGGUCAAGUCCCAUGGAGCGGCUAUGGCCCAGUCCUUUGAGAACCUGCUGGACGACGCCACUUUCGGACUCCUCCAGAAAUUUAAAGACGACCCAAUAACUGCAACAAUGGGAGGCCUUUCCAAAGUCACCCACUACCUCUUUGAUGCCUUCAAAGGACCAGACAUGGAGCUCCACCAAGGGCCUGCUGAGGAACUAUUCCAGGGCCUCGAUGCAGAGCUGCAGCAGGGGCCUGCCAGAGGGUCAUCAGACCUGCUGAGUGAUCACCUCCCAGGUCUGGACUUUAACCAACAGGAAGAGCCAGGCUUCGAGGUCAUCACCAGGGUGGACCUGGGUUCCAGGCCGCGGGUGCUGCGGAGGGACCCGGUGACGGAGGAGGAGUGGAGCGGCUACAUGGACCAGCAGGGACGACUCACUGACGUCAACAAACUCAAACACAGCAUCUUCAGAGGGGGCCUGAGUCCUGGCAUGAGGAAGGAGGGUUGGAGAGUUCUGCUGGGGUACUUCCCCUGGGACAGCACUCUGGAGGAGAGAACCAGCUUAACCAGGAGGAAGACGGAUGAGUACUUUAGGAUGAAGCUGCAGUGGAGGUCAGUGAGUAAGGAGCAGCAGAGACGCAACACCAGGCUGAGAGACCAUCAAAAUCAGAUAGAGAAGGAUGUGAACAGAACAGAUAGAAAUCACUGGUUCUACGAAGGGGACCAGGAGAACCCAGGCCUCAUCCUGCUGAACGACAUCCUCAUGACCUACUGCAUGUACGACUUUGACCUGGGGUAUGUGCAGGGUAUGAGUGACCUGUUGUCCCCUAUCCUCUACGUGAUGGAGGACGAGGUGGAGGCGUUCUGGUGCUUCACCUCCUACAUGCAGCAGCUGCACCACAACUUUGAAGAGCAAAUGCACGGCAUGAAGACUCAGCUAAGCCAGCUUGGCACUUUGCUACGGUUAUUGGACCCCACAUUCUGGAACUACCUGGAGGCAGAGGAUUCUGGGUACCUGUACUUCUGUUUCCGCUGGCUGCUGAUUCGCUUCAAGAGAGAGUUCAUCUUCCGUGACGUGCAGCGACUUUGGGAGGUCAUGUGGACAGGCCUGCCCUGCCAGAACUUUCACUUGCUGGUGUGUUGUGCCAUACUGGAUGCAGAGAAGCACACCAUCAUGAACGAAGGAUAUGGCUUCAAUGACAUCCUCAAGCACAUCAAUGACCUGGCAAUGAAGCUGGACCUGGAGGUAGUUUUGGCCAGGGCUGAGGUCUUCUAUGAGCAGCUCAGCACCUGUGAGGACAUCUCAGUGGUGGAGAUUCUGGGUUUGGACAAAGAACCAGAAUCAACAGAACGAGUCCAGACACCAAGGCCCCCUGAAGCGCAGACACCAGGGACAGGCGGGCAAGAGGUUCCAGAACCUUCUCAGUCCACAGAACUUGGCUUUCCAGAACGAUCCACAGAGCAACAGGAUCCGGUCGUAGACCGCAACCCGGACAGCAGCACACUUCUCCGCGAGGCGGGAAGCGACGUUACAAGCUAGCCUCCAUAUCAUAGCACCGUCCUCCAGCACACCUCCUCACUUUCCUGGACAGAGACUGCUGUCUGGUGCUGUGGGUUGCCAAGAAGAGGAAUUUCCUUUGACGGUUCAGAUUUAUUAUUACAAGAUUCUGAUUGGUGGUAACUUCCUGUCAGUCAUCCAAUCAGCUAGCCAUCCAGAGAUUCUGUCAGUGGGCAGUUAGACUUCAACUCCCCCUUGGUAGAAUCACUUCUGAAUCACGUGAUAAUGCUCCAAAAUGGCCUAAGUGCAUGUGUUUGUGUGUGAUUUAUCUGAAAGGUAAAGUACAAUGUGGGUAAUGAUUGAUUGGUUAGUUGUGUGUGUGUAUAGGGGUUUGGUUGUAUAGCCUUAUGAUUACUCUGCUAUAAUCUCAGGGACUCCUUGUGAAAUGAUGAGUGCAAUUUCUUGAGACUCUGUCUCCUAGGGUUUGAAAAGUGAUAUUUGACAGGACUGUGUGCUCAGCAUCAUCGUGUCUUGUCAGUCCGCCUGAAUGGUGUGCUGUCUGUUUUGUCCUUGCCUCCUCCAGACUUGAUUGGAGAAAACAUCUCCAACCAAUCAAGUGUAUUUGUGUCCAUGUUCUGUACCUACAGAUAUGUUUCACAUCUGUUUGUGAUACACACAUCCUUAAGAAUGUUGUCACCUAGAUUACAUAUGUGUGCAUGUGUGUAUAUGCGUGUGUGACUACUAAGUCUGAAAAAUAAUGCUGUUUCAUCUCUUUGUAUGGAAAAAUGCUUUUAUAUUCACAAAUAUAUUUAUAUUUCUAGUCUUUGCAAAUAAUAUGUAGAUAUAUUGUAUGGUACAUGGAUAUAUUGUAAAUGUUUUAUUUUGAGGUUCCUAAAUUGUUCCCCUCAAAAGAACAGCUGUUCCUACCAUAGCGUUUUUUCUAAAAUACAAAUGUAUUAAAUAAGGAAUACAAUACCUACC